AUGUGCAGGGCGCCGCCGCCCCCUCUGCUCCAGGGCGCGCCGCUGCCUCUUCUGCUCCAGGGCGGGGCCGCCGCCGCCGUCGCUGCUGCCGCCGCCCCUACCGCGGGAUCGGCCGGCGCGGGCACGGACGUGCCCGGCGUGGACACCACCGCCAUGGCCGCCCCUCCUCUGUUUUUCAGCGUCCCGACGCCUCCUCUGCUUCAGGGCGCGGGCACCGCAGCCGCCGCCCUGGAUCCGGCCGCCCUGCCCGUCCCUGCGCGCCGGCGCCGCCCACGAGCCCUGCGCCGAGCCGCCCGCGCCCCUGCGGGUCCCUGCGCAGCACAUACGGAGCAGCCCGCGCCGGCCACGGGACUAGCGGCACCCUGCGUGCCUGCCUGGCUGUCCGUGCCGCGCGAGAUACGGGUCUGGGCGCCGGCACAUGCGCAUUCGCCCGUGUGGCCGCCACAGGGUGCCGCCGCCGCCCCUACCGCCCCUUGGCGCGCGCCUGCGCCUCACGCGUCCGACGCGUGGCCGCCCUACGGCGCCGUCGCCGCCCCUACCGCUGGAUCCGCGGGCGCGUGGCCGCCCCUCGCACCGACCGUGCCUGCGCCCGCGACGGCCGUGCUGGCCAUGGUGCGCGUGCCCGCGCCCGCGCCGAACGCGCCCGCGUGGCCUGCGUUCGUUUACAGCUGA